GAUGGAAUUUUAUUUCCGUGCAAUUCUCUUUUUAUUAACGCCAAUAUAGGACUUUUAACUUUAAGGCAGUAUUAACUCAGAUCAACAGAGCCAUGCGCACAAUGGAAGAGUUAGUAAAACCUGAAUUACUUUCCACACAGAGGCACGUGUGUACAGUUGUAACCCGCCCUCCCUGAGCCUUUGAAAGAAUUUGCUCUGUCUUUCCUCAUUAAACUGGACUAAACAUCGCCUUGGAUUGUGUGUUAAACUUGAAAACAUGCUCCUGGAAACACAAACGCACGGCACAUUUCUACUGGUGGUCACAAAAAUGUCAUGAUUGAGUGAAUAUUGUUGUUGGAAGAUGAAGAGAGCAGCUGGUGAUCAGAAACCACCUUUGGCACCAAAACCGAAGGUUCUCCCACCACCCAUGCAAAUAGUACAUCCACCUGCUUCAAAGCUGUGUGUUUACCAGCCUUCCUUGCCAGCUGUUAAAUGCAAAGUUAAGCCUGAUCUGCCACCAAAACCAUGCCUCUCCAAACUCCCCCCUCCAGCUUUCAAUAUGAAACGCCUAACAUCCAAGGUUGGUCAUCAAGCUGUUUCACAACAAACGUCUGGCAUCACAAAGAACGUUGGUGCUUUAAAUUUUAGAAAUGAAACUCAGAAUAGCAACAAGCCGGAGUGGGAUUACAUCAUUCCCAUCUGCGUAUGCAAUGACCGAAACUGUGCCAAUUGUUCACCGAAGGAAAACAACCAAAAUGUUCACCAACAAAGUUCUGAUAAGUAUAAGGCGAGCAAAAACAAAGGACCUGGAAAGAUCCAAUUAAAACCUUCCUUGAAAAUACCAGAAGAACAGAAGCAUUUAGUGACAACCUCUUUGUCGAAGUCCAUCUCUGAACACAGUUCAUCCAAUAGUAAUCAUUUCCAUCCAACUGAAAAACCUCGGAAAACAUCCCAGAACACAGAGCCACUGAAGGCACAUCAGAGUGGUUCUGAGAUGCAGUUGACCAGAAAGCACCAAAACAACAUUGUAUCUAGUGUUAAUUCAUCUGCUGAUAGUAAUCCAGAACCUCUAAAAUGUCAACAAGCCAUAAGUAGUGUGCAAUAUUGUCCAUCCGCUACAAAGCCACCUAAAAAAGCACCAGUGGCCAUGCAGCGCAAAACUAUGAAGGAACAAUCCAGCCCAGUCCUUCAGGAGGCAACAGGCCUCACAAAAAAAGAGUUCACUGUCUUACCAGUUGAUGUAAACAAUCCAGAUCCAUUAUGGAAAGAAAGUCCAAAGGUGAACAUCAAUGCUGUAAGACAUUCUAGAGAGAACAAAGAUCCUCAGGCCUCAAGAGGUGCAAAAAGCACCCAGUGCAUCAGCCAGAAGGGCGCUCCAACACCAGCCCCACGCCAGAAGACCUCUCGGGUGCAACAAAAUAAAUCCCAGGAUAUUGGUGUACAGGGGACUGUAAAGAAAGCAAAAAAUCUGGAUGUUACCACUGAGGUCAUUGACAUUUUGGUAUCAAGCAAUAAAGACAUGAAGAAGCCCCAAAAACUUCGACCUGAUGGCAACAGGCACAACAACAUUGGGGCUACAGAGCUUUCAGUAGAUACGCUUCCUAAAAAGACACCAGAAUCCCAAUCUCCUCUUGCAGUUGAGAAGAAGCAAGCAAGUCAUGUGCCAAACAAGAAGACUCUCAAGCCGAAAUCUAAGUCCUUAUCGUCAGCAGACACCCAUAAACCUAAUGGCCUCAAGAAGACCUCCUUUCUUACGAUCAUGGACCUCGAAUCUGGCAAAAAGGUGCCUAAGUUAUCCAUCAAGUGUGGACAGGCUGUCGAUCUUGCUCCGGUUAUGAAUGAACAGCCAGUGGACACAGAGAAAAGCAAGCGCAAAAUCUGCUCUCUGGAACUGCUGCCUCUGCACUUUGUACUCCCAGAUGGACUGGAUUUGAGUCCAGCAGUGAAUGGGAACAUAUUAGGAGUUGAGCAGAGUGUCGAUGAAGGUCUGGAGAGUGCUGGUGAAUCUGAACAUGCAUAUGAAGACAUCGCAGAAUAUGAAAACCUGCCUCCUUUUAGCCCUGCAAAGGCACAGGAUACCAUUAAAUACCAAUACCAGUCUUCAAAAUAUGAGGACGAUGGUAUUUAUGAAGUUCCUGAUGAGUUCCCAGAACACUGUGUAGAUACCAAAGAGCAGCAGUUUCUUGAAAGAAAUGUUUUGGAAGAAGUACUGGAAGUGGAUGAUACACAUUCAGAAGAUGACGGUAGCUCAGAAGAUGAGGAUAACAAUGUCAAUAAAGGAAAACAGACUGAAGCGAAGAAAACCAAGGUUGCGUACAUUGUAAAUGAGAUCUCAUCUUCAGAGAAAGUAUUCGUGAAAGUGCUGAAGCUGCUCCAUGUAGAUUUUCGUGACGCGGUGCUGAAGGCCUCCUGUCAGGCGGGGAAACCCGUAAUCGACGAGCGAGUCUUGAACCAGAUCCUGUGUCAUUUGCCGCAGCUGUACGAGCUCAACUGUGACCUGCUGAGAGAGCUGGAAGAACGGGUUGCUCACUGGAACGAGCAUUGUUGUGUAGCAGACAUAUUUGUGAAGAAAGGCCCUUAUCUGAAAAUGUAUUCUACUUAUAUUCGAGAGUUCGACAAGAAUGUGGCCCUUCUAGAAGAGCACUGCCGGAAAAACCCAGCGUUUGCCAAAGCUGUCCGAGAGUUUGAGAGCCUCCCAUGCUGUGCAAACCUGGCAGUGAAACAUUACAUGCUGAAACCCAUCCAGAGGAUUCCACAGUAUCAGCUGCUCCUGACCAGUUAUCUGAACAACCUAGAUGAAGAAUCGCCAGACUACAAAGAUGCAGAAGCUGCCCUAACGAUAGUAAAGGAGGUGGCUAAUCAUGCGAAUGAAAUCGUAAGACAGGAGGACAACAGCCAGAAGCUCUAUGAGGUUCAGUGCCGGCUGACUGGGAAUCAUGUGAUCGUCCAGCCAGGAAGGGUUUUGUUAAAGGAAGGGAUCUUGAUGAAGCUCUCUAGGAAAGUGAUGCAGCCUCGGAUGUUCUUUUUAUUGAACGAUAGUCUUCUGUAUACCUCGCCGGUAGCAACGGGUAAUUUCAAACUGAACAACAUACUGUCAUUGGCUGAGAUGAAGGUCAGUAAACCAAGUCAGGAGGGGUAUCAGAAUGAGCUGAACAUUGAGAGUGUUGAACGAUCUUUUAUUUUAUCUGCCAGCUCUGCUGCAUGUCGAGAUGAGUGGCUUCAGGCCAUUUCCACCGCAAUCGACGAUUACACCAAGAAAGAGACCACCUUCACCUCCGUCAGAAACCCUGAGUUGGCAACCCAAGAUGUUCCAGACAGCGGGGCCCAGCUGGGAUCCAAAGCCCCGAUAUGGAUCCCGGACCUGAGGACCACUAUGUGCAUGAUCUGCACCUGUGAGUUCACCCUCACCUGGAGACGCCACCACUGCAGAGCCUGUGGGAAGGUUGUGUGUCAGGCCUGUUCAACUAACAAACAUCCGCUGAAAUACCUGAAGAAUAACCUCGCACGAGUUUGUGAUCUCUGUUUCUCCACUUUGCAGCAGAAUAGCUCAGGUGACCAAGAAACCAGUAAUUCGCCUCUGUCACCUACUGGCAAGUCGCCAGGGGCCUUUCCCUUCAGAAAGCAGAAGAAAAUACCAGCUGCCCUUAAAGAGGUUUCAGCGAACACAGACGGGUCCUCGAUGAGCGGCUACCUGGAGAGGGCGAAGGCCAACAGAAAACAGUGGAAGCGGUUCUGGUUCGUCAUCAUGAACAAAGUUCUGUACACUUACGCUGCCAGUGAGGACGUAGCAGCUUUGGAAAGUCAGCCUCUUCUGGGAUUUUCUCUCCGAACAGAGAAACCUGAAUCUUCCUUGCAUUUUAAACUUUAUCACAAAAGCACUCUGUACUACAUCUUCAGAGCGAGUGACAGUCAGAUCUGUGACCGAUGGAUUGAAGCGAUCCAGGAAGCCACGGUCCUCUAACCCUCUCUCCCUCGACCUGUGAUGUUUCCAGAUCAGACCGUCAUACAAAAGACACACACAUGCAUUAAAAUUUAUUAAAAUUAAGGCACGCCACAUUUGCGUGUGCAGUUGGUAUUAUGAAGUUGUGAAAUGUAUGGUUUCACUCAUGAAAUAGUUCUCCAUAACAUAUCUGAUCAUUAUAUACUACACAUCCUUUAAUUAUGCUGUUAUAUUUAUGCUUUACGGCAAAUACACUGUAACCAGUUAGUUGCAUUUAAUAAAUGUAUUUUUAUACAA